UUCUACGCAAGUAGACGCGAGACAUUGAAGCGAUAAAUAAAAAUAAUAUAUCGUUAAUAAUUUUUCAAAAAAAUGUGUAUCAGAUAUUUUGCAGUCAAAAAAAAUACGUGACAGUGCCAUGAAUCCGCUUAAUAUAGCUGAAUGGUCGCCAGACCAAGUGUCGGAAUGGAUGUUGGGUCUGGGGCCGAUGGUCUCUCAGUAUUCUCCGGAGUUUAUCAAGAAAGGUGUCAAUGGGGCUAAACUGCUGACUCUGCGGUGUGACGACUUAGAGUACCUUGGAAUUCAAGUAAUUGGUCACCAGGAGCUUUUGUUAGAAGCUGUGGAGCAUUUGAGAAACUUUCACUAUGAGAUAUCUCGGGAGUGUGUCCAGCAACUAGCUCUUCGUGUAUCAGCUGCCGCUGCAUCUUUGGCACGAGCGUUGCGCCAUCACGCUGACACUCGUUUGGAGACACAUUCACUUGCAGAUGUUGCCAGGACUGUGCAUGCGGUUAAGCCUUUGGUAUGCUGGCUCGACAGAUGGCCCCUCUGCUCGGGGGCUCCUUUAGCGGAGAGGAAAGCGGCCUUACUGAAGUUAUCCCUGGAGGCCGCCACUUGUGCGCAGAGGGACAGGUUUGCAGAACAACCGGCUCGGGCCGUCGCCGCUGCGGCCGCCGCAGCCGCCGCUGUCGCUGAUUAUAUUAUUCAGGACGUGUCGGACCCCUUGAUCCUGCAGCCCUCGUGGGUGGACACCGUGACCCUGCGCCAGGCCGGCAAGCCCCUGGGCUUCCACGUGCUGCCCUCCUUCUGUGGCCAUCAUCAGAUAGACCACAUUCGCUUCGGAUCCCCCGCCCACGCUUCGGGGCACGUGCACGAGGGAGACGAGAUCGUCCAGGUAGGCGACGUAUGCGUGCUAGGCUGGAGCGGAGAGGCCGUGGAGCGCGCCUGCGCGGCCGUCGCCGGUCGGGCCUCGGGCGAGUUGGUGCUGCGCCUGCGCCGGCGAGGGGCCCGCGCCCUCCCGACGCCCCCCCUCCACACGCGGGCCCCUCGGCCCCGGGCCCAUCGCCUGAGGCUGCCCCCGCUGUCGGACCAUCGAAUGUUGCACAGAUACGAGCUGGAUUUCCCGAUAGUGGCAAAUCCGCCGGUCCUGCGCCGCUCCCCGGUGGAGGAGAAGGAGGAGCCUCCCCCUCACUCCCCCGCCUGCUCCCCCGAAUGCUCCUCGGACGAGAGCGAGGCCCUCUCUCCCCCCGCCUCGCCCACGCACCUGCACCUCGACAGGGCCCGCAUGUACCCCCCCAAGCCCCAAACCGUGGUGCAGCGUCGGCACACGAUCAGCUGCGGAAGUCCCGUCUCCAAGAGACCGCAUCUCAGCAUCGAACAGUUCUGGCAAGAGCUGCAGCAGCAGAGAUGGGACAACGGCGAGGGACCUGAACCCGAAGACGCUCUCUACAGGCGGGACAAGGCCGUAUCGUGCAGCACGGGUUUGCAGCUUUCCCCGCGACCGAGAACCUGUCUCGGGGUGCCCCGGGCCUCGCGAACCGCGAUCGCCCCCGUCUGCCCCGAGACCCCGCCCGCCCCCAGGGGGAAGCUCGACAAGAGCCACUCGACUCCGGCCUACGAGCUGGAACCCCCGGCCGCCCUCGUCCCCCUCGCCGACAACCCCAUCCCGGAAUCCCCGACGACGCCCCCCGUGCCCGGCGCGGACAAAACCGACCCGCUCCCGAAGCUCGAAGUCGACGACGAAGACAAGUCUCUGGAUAAUUCCGAAGAUAAAUACGCCUCAUCCGAAGAUAUGAAGUCGUCGGACGACACUCCGGUGCCGGUUCUGGAGAGUCUGAACUCGGUGCUGAUCGAGGAACGAGAGAGCAAAGAGGAGGAGCAUCGAGAGGCCUCGGAGCGAGUGACGAAGUACCCAAAACCGCGUGUAACGGAACGCUCGAAGGUGUCCGACGUCCCUCCGGAGCCUCCCCCGCGCCCGUCCACCCGCUUGCCUCCUCCCCCGCGAGAGUACUUGCCCCCUCACCCGCUCCCCAGAGACCCCCCUAUGCCCUCCAGAGAGAGGCGAGAGAUUCCCCCUCACGAGAGAGCCCCCCUCGCGCGCAACGAGUCCUUAGAGGAGAAAUUCAACAAAGAAGAGUUCCGAAGGGAGAAGUCGAAUCGCGAACCGAUCGGAUCCCUCAGCGAUUUGAAAAUACUGUCCCCCUGUCGGGAGAUCCAGCACGUCUUCGAGAGAGACGGCCGAUCCCCGAGCGACGAGACCUGGGAGCCGAUCUCCAUGGGGCAGCCCGUCUCCCCUCUGCGGGAGUGCACAGCCCCGCAGUACCCCGUGCUGAGGAUGAUCCCGCGACCCGCCGAACCCUCCGCCUCGCCGCUGAAGCCGCUGCGUCCCGGGGACACCGCACAGAUCUCGGUGCCCCUCCGUCACCUGACGAAGCACGACAUAAAGCUGGUGUCGAACGAGCGUCGGGAGAUGCCCCCCAUAAACGGGGAGCCCCAGCGCCGCGACGGGGACAUCGUGAUCGGGGCCGCGAGCGACCAGUCUCUGGAUUCCCCCCAUUCCCCCAAGGGGGCGGUCUCCCCGACCGGGAGCGUCGUGAGGGGGAUAUUCCCCUCCGCCAAAUCCAGGAGCCUCAAGAAGAAGAACUCCAUAUUAGCCAAGCGUCGCGCGGUGCCCGCCCGGGCGCUGUCCUCGGUGGGGGCGGCGGGUUGGGUGAGCCAGCGGGUGAGAGCCGCCCAGCAGCAGCCGCGCUGGGCGCAUCGCUACCUGCUGCUCGCCCACAACUUGCUGUACGCCUAUCGGUCGCCGGAGAGCACCCGCGCCGACUGCAUGAUCUACCUGGAGGGCUGCACGGUGAGUGCGGCGGGAGAGGUGAAGUCCCGCGCCCACGCCUUCAAGGUGUACCACACGGGCCGCGCCUUCUACUUCGCGGCCGCCUCCGCCGACGCCCUGGCCGCCUGGACCCAGCUCAUCCACCGGGCCACUCUGGCCCCGCCCCGUCGGCUGGACUCGCAGGUCGAAAUCAAACAGUUCUCGGAGACGGACUACUCCGAGACGGAGUCGGACACGGAGAGCCCCGAGAAGAGAGAGCGAGACAGAGACAAGGAGAAGGACAAGUCCAAGUUCGGAUCCCUGAAGAAGCUGGCGCAGCGGGGCCGAGGGGACUCGCACGAGAACGUGCACCAGGCGGCCGCCAGCACCAGCCUCGACCGCAAGUACCUGAGGUUCUUCUCGCGCACCAAGGGCAAGGACGACUCCAAGGGCAAGACCAAGCAGCAGCCGGCCCCGGUGCCCACGGAGCAGUACCGCAGCUACCGCCGGGCGCCGCCCCAGCCGCCCCCGCACUCGCCCCGCUCGCCCCCGCGCCCCAAGCCGAGCCCGAUCAACUACAUCCACGCCUCGAACCCCAACCUGCUGGACUUCGAGAGGAGCGAGCCCUUCUCGCCCCGCCCGGCGCUCGCCGUCAAGCCCCGGCCGCAGGACAAGCUGGUCGGCCUGGUGACGCUGGAGGAGUUCAUGCUGCGCGCGCAGGCCGAGGAGCGGCGCCAGCUGUACUCCGAGCGGGUGCUGCUGGGCGUCGCAGACCGCGACCUGCAGACCAGGCUGGACCGGGUGGUGCCCGACGUGGUCUACGGGCGGGUGCCGCGUCACGGCUACGAGAAGAUAGAGUUCCCGGACGAACGCCCGGACGACCGCCAGGACUCCUUCAGGAAGAAAGACAAGGUCCAAGGGUCGGCUUCCAGCUCCCCGCAAGCGCAGCCCGCGGCCGAGAGUGGUGGUGCAGGUGGUGGUGGUGGUGGAAGUGGAGGAAGCGGAGGAGGUGGAGGCGGGGCCGGCGUGUCGCGUCUGAGGCUAAUGUUCGGGGGACGGCAGGGCGCCGAGCGGGGUCGGGCCGCGGGCCAAUACCCUCACCUGCAGUGUCCGCCCACCUUCCAGCCCGAGACCUACUGCCUGGCGAGGCUGGCGCCCAAGCAGCCCUGACCGUGAGCGUCUCCGGAGCCCGGCGACCGCUCUUGUCAUUUCGGGAACACUGCGACCACACGAAGAGGACUCGGCUGAAGUUGAGACAAUAAUGGGUCAUCUCGUCGAUAUGUUUUUUGUCCUGACGCCUGUAUAUAGCGGUUUACCUAUAAACAUCACCGCUCGUUAGAAUUAAGAGUGGGACGAAAUGGUCUGUUCUGUUUGAUUAAUGUUAAACAAAUUGGAAUCUAACGCCUCCCGCUUUGUUCUUUUGUCGUACUCGGUUAUCGCUUAUGAUAUUUUAAUGACUGAUUAAAUUGCAUCGAUGUCUGUGAGUACGAUUAAAUUGUUAUUAAAUUGAAAAAUUAAUGUUUACUUGUAGCACUCUCAAUAAUAUCGAUUGACGCACAAUCGUAAAUUUAACUGUGACUGUAACUAAAUGAACUGAGGUUGUAAAAAUACUUCAAAGACUUUUGUUGAUGUUUUGAAUUUUAUUAACAUUUAAAAUUGUGCCAAAUUGUACGUCCACGAGGUAUACUUAUUAUGAGCACGGAAUAAAUGGGGUCGGAAGGAUCGACGGUCGCUUCCUAAAAUUGCCCGUUGCCUCCAGAGAUGUCUCCAGAAACUUCUUCGGCACACCUUCAAUGUUCCCGUUAUCCUUCCAGCCUCAAUCAUUCCAGGAAUGUCUAAGUUAUAAGAAAUGCUUGUAGUUGGUGACAGUCUGAACUGAUGCCAUUUGUGGUGCUAUCUUACAUGGAGCCGGUCUAGAUGGCGACGAAUAUCUUGUAAUCACUCGUAAACGUCUCUCGGCUAACUAUUAUUUAACUUAACAUUGAAUUAGCUCGUAAUGUUGAACUUUGAGGCUCAGUCUUUAUAAGGGUAAGUAUUAAUGCGAGGGUACUCGCGCGUACGAGUGUACGAGUCGACGAAGGUACGUAUACGUGCGUAUACGCAGAACAAUCAUUGAUCGUGCUAUUAAAUGAUAAUUGUUAUUGAUAUUUAGGUAAAGGUUAAAUUUAGGGCACAUAUUACUUAGGAUUUUGUAAAGCUGAUAGCACUCGAGAUAUUUUAAAUCGUUAUUUCGAAGAGAACCUCGAUGCUGUGAUAUUUAUUAAGUUUUUUUUUAAUUUCGAUAAUAUUGAACUUAAUAUUUGGGCACUUCGACCUAAAAUUGUUUAUUUCGCGAAGCAACAUGGCGUCCAAUAAUGUCUAUAAGGAUAAAUUUUAUACGAAUACGUUUCAACUGAAAGAUUGUAAUCGUGGAGUUGCCGAAAACUUAAUAAUUUUGCUUUGAAUUGUGAUUUCGUAAAAUAUCGAAUGCGAACGACGGGUGAUGCUUCAUACAAUGUCUCUUUUAACAAACACUAAAGUGUUUGACGUCUACUGGUGACGGGCAAAUUAGACCGAAUUCGUUUUAAUAUGGGUUUUACGAUUUUGAUAUCUCUUUGUUUUCUACUGAUCUUUAGAGGCUCUAGAUAAGAAUUUAUAUUCUUAAACCAUAAUAAUUUUAAUUGGUCAACUUUUAUUUUGAUUAAUUAAUUGCAAGCUAAUGUAUCUAUUUAUAGAUUUUCUAGAUAACUAACUAAUUAUGAAUUUGUAAUAAAUAUUAUAUUUGGCGUACGCUUAUUUUACCUACGACAAACAUUGAACUUCUCGGUCUAAAAGUUAUGCAUAAGCGAAUUUUAGUAUCGUGAGCAUUUAAUAUUUAACAUUAUGUUCCUUAAAGUAAAAAAAUAAUGAUAUGCGCGUCUUACAAUGCUCAAUUUUGACAAUUAUUUGCCAAAUAUAGAGGUUGUUAUAUAGUUGUUAGGUGUGGGACACGCGAAUUUUAUCUUUUUUCAAUUUAACAGUGCUUUAUACAAAUAUCACAUAUGGUUUCCGAAUCGGCUUUUAGAAUUGCAACUAAUAUAUUCACAAAAUAAUUUCGAUUGAAAAUUGUAAUAAUAGCGUGAGUUAAAAAAAAUUAGAUAAGAAGUCACGAAAUUAUUUUAUCUGUAUUUUAUUGAUUAUGAUUUUAAUGAACUUUUUUUGGACUCCCUUGCAUUUCGUACCUGUCGAGUUUAAAUAUAGUCUUUAUACGUAGGCUAUAACAUCACUUAUAGGAACGGAUCUGCAAUGAAAAUUUUGAAUGUUUCCAAAACGGGAAAAGAUUAAGCUUAUUGCGAUUAAAGCUAUGGGACAAAUACGGGAAAUGUGUGGCUAUUGUUGUGAAAAUGGGAACAAGCAAUAAGCUGAUUUUAGCAUCAUUAGCGUAAAACUCUCGGCAACUGCCAGAGCUCUCGAAAUAAAAUCGGCCUAUACAUUUUACACCUGUUAACAUGACGAAGUUAUUAUCGAAAUGAAGAAUUAUAAUAUAGUAGACAAUCUUUUUUGAUAAUAUAAUUAAAAAAAUAAUGAGCAUUGACGUACUUCUGACGUUUUCAUUACUUUAUUUAAAUUAUUUUUUGUUGUUUCAACACAAUUAUUAUUAAUUACCAUUAUCAUUAAUUACCUAGUAUUGCUCUGACGCACUUAAAGCAUGAUUCAUGAGACGAGUUUUUAUUCCUAUUAAUUAUUUGUAUUUUAAUUUGUUAAAAUGAAUCUUUUAAUGUUAGGUAUUGUUCUUGAGUUAUCUUAAAACUUAUCUCGAACAGUGCUUAGCCCGGAUGAGACGGUGGUAUUUUUUUUAUAAUAAUUCAGUUUUGAAUAAGCUAAUUAGUAAAUUAUGUUUUGCUCGUUGCUAAGGCAUGUUAUACACAUAUCAAAACUCUAACUCGGUGGUAAUAUCUUCGCAUCGAGCUAUUACAGUAAAAAUCAUUUAUUAUCAGAUCGUGCGCAGAUGUGACCGAGUUAAAAAAUAAACUUUGAUUCAAUAUCGUUAAUAAUAAAUGAAUAUACAACGACGCGUCCUGUAGUUAGUAUAUUGAAUGGUGUUGGCAGUGAUACUCAGCUUUAUAAGUAGAUAGGGAAUUAUAUAACUUGUAUUUAUAAGUUUAUUAUUUGCUAGUUUAUCAGCGGUUUAAGUUCUAGACCAACGAAGAUUUUUUAACUGCUCUGUAAGUUCAGGUACUGUUGUACCUUAACAAUAUUGAUUUCCUUCUCAAACUACGUAGUUGUAAGUUGAUUUUUAUAAGUAUGAAUUUUAACUAAACAUUUUCUAUUAAGCAUUUGAAUUAUUUAGUUAUUAUUUGUAUAUAACGUAUAAAAUUAUUUACAACGGAAUUUCGACUAUACUGUGAUGCAGUAAGGGUAGAUUAAGUUUUUCUUUUGUAAUUUUUUGUUAAUAUGAAUACCAUUGUACGUCAGUUCAAUUAUUUAAUGAAUAAAACAUUUUUAUAUUA